AUGUCUAAAGAAACUAAACAAAAAAAGGAUCAAGAAUUAAUAAUAAUUGAAGAAUUUAAAAAGAAGUCUAAUUAUUCUAUAGGUUAUGAAUUUGAAAAAGAAUUAGCUAAUACAUUAAAUGAUAAUGGAUUCAUUGCAAAUAUAAUUGCUUGUAAACAAGGCGAUUUCGGUAUCGAUAUUAUUGCUACUUAUAAUCAACAAACUAUUUUAAUUCAAGCGAAGAAUAUUGAAAAACCUCUUGGUUCUCCAGAAUUACAAAAAAUUCAAUCAUCAUUUAAUUGUUUUGAAACAGAAGUAUUAGAAAUUAUUGUUUAUAAUAGUGAAAAAUUAACAAACUCUUUAACCAAAAAUGCUAAAAUUUGGUGA